AUGAAUGCUCAAUAUGAUAGUGUCGAGUCCGUUUCUGGACAAACAACGACCACGUCCCGGUCGAACGUAGAAGAACAAAGUAUAGUACAUGAAGCUAGUUCAAAAGGUGAUUCUUUGUCAUUUAGAGAAAUGCCGAUAACUUCGCUAGCUUCUACCAAGGCUCCUAAUGCCCAAGUCCCCCAUAUACCCUCAUUGUCUUCCUUCCCUUCUCCCCCUUCGUGUGCAUCUGACGACAACUCCACGGAAGAACAUUCGCCUCAUCCUAUGAACCCUUUAGGAUUAUACCUCCUCUCACAUCCAUCGAGAGGAAGAGGAGUAUUCGCUCCUUCGACUAUACCUGCAGGGACUUUAAUUGAGGAAUCACCGGUGCUGGUCAUAUCUCGGAAGGAAUGGGAAGAAGGUAAAAUGAACGAUACGAUUUUGGGCAGCUAUGGAUUCUGUUGGAAAGACGGUGGAAUGGGUAUUGGCUUAGGUCUUGCUUCAUUGUUUAAUCAUUCUUCUAUACCGAAUGUCAAUUUCAUCAGAUCAUCCAAGACAUCAACUAUCAAAUUCAUAACUUCUAAAAAGGUCGAAAAGGGCGAAGAGCUGUGUAUUUGCUAUUCAGCCGAUGAAUCGAAACUCUGGUUUACAAAAUCUGAUAUUCAUACGGAUAUAACUGACGAUACUCGAGAUAAGUCACAGUCAUUUGUUAUGAAUUCAUCAUCUGAUUCGGAGGACGAAGGAGCUUUCUUCACAAAGAUAGAACUGGAUUCAGAAGAUCUGACAGAUGAGUUAGAAUUAAAACAAAAGAAAGAAAGAGAGAAAAGACUGUGGGCUUCUAGAGCUAGAGACUCCAAUGGUCAAAUACAAAUCAAAAAGAAACCAUAUAAUAAUGGUAAAACACAUGUUUAUUCUCCUCAACCUAUACAUCUAUCUUCAUCUAGAAUACAUGACGAAAAUGCAUUGGCUGGACCAUCAACAAUAUCGACACCAUCUUCUAGAACAUCAACACCAUCAUCAUCAUCCAUAUCGAUAUCCAAUUAUCCCGAACCAUCUACGGAUGUCAUAUCAUCCUUACCGCCUCCAUUACAUUCCACCAAUAUCCAAAAUAGACACACAAAGGACAAAGAGGCGAUAGCCGAGUUAGUCGACGAUCUGGAUUGGGAUGAACAAUACUGGACAAGUACAAGAGCAGAUGGAGUAGGAAGGGAAGAACAGUUUUCCGAGUUCGAGAGGGUGAAAGGUCCUGCUGAGAGAGAGGUCGAGGAAGAUCAAGACGGUAUGAUGGAUAUCUGGAUACUGGAAUUCAAGGAUCCAAAAUUAACCCGCACGGCUCUAGACUUUUCCAAGGAUUUGACAGCUACCGAUGAUAGAAUGCGCCAUUUGAAAAGGGUUUGCAGGCGCAAAGAGGAUGAUCAAGAAAUCUGUCGCAUCGUAUUGAGUCUGGUAACAGAAUACGACUUAACAACUCUGACUUCCAUUAUGACAUCCUUCUCAACUACCCUAUCACAUCUUACACCUUUGAUUCAUACCGUUCCAUCAUCAUGUGCUCGAACAUCUGAACAGCUGAAAAUCAAAUCACACACAUGGCCAGUGACAUUAUCUGCUCUACCUGUGAUAUCAUCUGAUUCAUCAGAUUGGCCAAUCGGACGUAAAGCCUGGGUAACAUCAGGAAUCAAAAGAGUACUUUCUCUAGGUUUAGAAGCAAAACGUAAAGGUGAAAUACCAAUAGCUACAUACUGUACAUCACAACCAUCUAAUUUUUGGCCCAAAGAAGAAGGUUUCAUUCCACCGACAGAAGGUUUAAGAGCUUCAAGCAAUGAUACUCGAACAUCAGAAAAUCAUCCAUUACGUCACGCAACUCUAAAUUGUGUAGCAUCAAUUGCACAUCUAAGAACAAUAAAACCUUUCACAGAUGUACCACCGACUAGGAAUGGUGCAGAUUAUCUUCUGACGAGUUUGACUUUAUUUAUAACUCAUGAACCUUGUGUUAUGUGUUCAAUGGCUUUAUUACAUUCAAGAGUAAGAGAAGUCUUUUACGUUUUCCCCAGAAAAAAAGGUGGUGGUUUCGAUGCAAAUCCAGAUAAAUCUACUACAGGUUUAGGUAUACAUGCUAGAAGAGAUUUAAAUCAUAGAUUCGAAGCUUGGAGGUAUACUGGUGAAAUUGAUGAAAACACCAGAAAAGAACUAGAGAUUCAAGAGGAUUUACAAGUUUAG